AUGGAAGAUACCGUACAAUCAGAAUGCGCUAGCUACGAACAACAUUACUCGGUCCGAUCACAGGAAGGUUUGAUCUGGUCCAUAGAGAGACAGCAUUCAGUCCAGUUACAUGCCUAUCUCCGACAGCCAUUAAGGGACGACCCCUUUUCAGCGUGGUCAACGACGCCAAUUGAUCCUUCCUCGAACCUUACCUUUCGGCACAUGGAAGCACUGUGGAAUCUUCGUGUCACUUCAUGCGUUGCAUAUAUCUGCCACCGAGUCCUCGUUCUCCUAUUCCAGUCACAGGUUGUCAUUGAGCCUGCAGCCCAGACGCAUCAACGUCAGUCACCAGAGGCUCACACCACGGACACUCAGCUUGAUACAUACGGCAUAGGAGCACAGUUCGAGGGGCCCUGA